AUGUCUUCAUCCACAGCCAGAACAGUUACCAGUUCGAGCCAUCUUGAUUCCGCAUCUCCAAGUUACCAAGCAGCUAGUUCCACAUUGCUACUUUCUGACACCAGCACCACUCUUCCUCCCGACACAACUACGAAUACCAAACUUGUCGUCUGGGCCGCCACUAGCGGAGUCGCUUUAAUCUUGAUCUUCGCAUUUCUAUCAUGGUGGUUACGACGUCAUCGGAAGAGAACCAUCAACAGUAGCGAGAAACCAACAACAAUUUUCUCGCUUUCCUGGCUACCAUGGAAACAGAAAAGGAAGGAAAUUCCAAGAACAUCUUUCUCUACCUACCCUUUCAAGGCAAUGACACAACCUACACCGAACAACAGUGAAAACUUCAUGAAUGAGACCUAG